AUGUCGGAUGCCAAAAACUCUCUUAUAUGUUAUAAUCGAGGUUGUGGUCAAACAUUUAAUGAAAAUAAUAACAAAGAAGAUAGUUGUCAACAUCAUCCUGGUCAUCCAGUUUUUCAUGAUGCCUAUAAAGGAUGGUCUUGUUGUAAAAAAAAAUCUACAGAUUUUAGUGAAUUUCUAAACAUUAAAGGAUGUACAAAAUCACAGCAUUCUAAUGUCAAACCUCCAGAGGUACCAAAAUCAAUAAAUAAUACAUUGAAAACUAAUGAAGUUGUACAAUAUAGUUGUAAACCUUUAAAUAAUUCAAUACAACGACCUUCAUUUGAUUCUCCACAACUUACAUUAAAACCAACUGUUACCCCAAUACUUCUGGAACAGAUAAAAAAUUUAACAGUUUCCAAUGAUAUUAAAAAAGAUGAAGAUCUAAUAAUUAUAGGUCAAAGCUGUAAACAUAACUGUUGUAAAGGUAUUUAUGAAGGUUCAAAGUCUAAUGAUGAAGUUUGUAUAUAUCAUCCUGGUGUGCCAGUUUUUCAUGAAGGUAUAAAGUAUUGGUCGUGUUGCAAAAAAAAAACAACAGAUUUUACUGUCUUUUUGGAACAACCUGGCUGUCUGAAUGGUAAUCAUAUGUGGAUUCAAAAGGAUGAGGAAAAAACAGCAAAAUGUAGAAUUGAUUGGUACCAGACAUCAAGUGAUGUAAUUGUUUCCAUUUUUGCAAAAAAAUAUGAUCCAAAUACAUCUUGUGUAAAAUUAAAUCCUAUACAUUUGACGGUAGACAUACAUUUCCCAGAAAAUAAUUCAAUGUACAACUUGGACAUAGAGUUAAAAGAGAUUGUCAAUAUAGAAGGUAGUAGUGUAAAUAUGUUACCUACAAAAGUAGAAAUCAAAUUGAAAAAAGAAGAACCUGGUUUUUGGCAUACAUUAGAAAUUAAUAAAAAAACUAUGACAGAGAAAUCAGAUGAAUUAGAUUCUGAAUAUAAUAAUGUGUCUCAAAUAGAUGCUGACAUUGGUGAUAUUUAAAUGUCUAUUAAUAUUAAUAAUGCUAUAGAUACAAUAAUAAAAUAUGAAAUAUUUUAUA